GCCAGCUUUGAGCAAGUCGAGGUGAAACAAGAACCCCCAGAUUCUGCCGAGGAGGACAUGGAGGAGGGAGGAGAGGAGGCAGACGACGGAGAGGAAGAGGAGGAGGAUGAGGAGGAGGACGAGGAAGAGGCUGCAGAGAACUACACAUCUGGCUCGGAGGAUGGAGAGUUAGUGAGGAGGGAGGAACAGAGCUCAUCAAGUCAACCGACAGUUCAAGUGAAACAAGAGCCAGUCAGUGACACCGAAGAGGGCGGAACUACCUCCGGAGUGAUGACGUCGCAGUCGACAGGGGAGGAGGAGGAGGCCGGGAAUGAGGACAACAACGAUGAUGAAGACGGUGAUGAGGAAAUGGAGGACGCGGAGGGGUCGCUGAUGGCAUCGGUGGGAGGGGAGGGUGAGGCCGGGGGAGGGGAUAUGGUGCUUCCCUCCAUCAUGAUGGACCAGAUGGAGCUGCUGGAGCUGGAGAUGAGGGCCAGGGCCAUUAAAGCCAUGCUCAGUUCUCAGGAUGAGGAGAACGGGUAGAUAUUAUGUGUACAUGUGGAUGUUUGUGUGUGGGUGAGAAACGAAGAGAGAGACUAUAGAGAGAUGAGGGCCAGGGCCAUGCUCAGUUCUCAGGAUGAGGAGAACAGGUUGAUCUGAUGUGCGUGAGAGUGAGAAACGGAGAGAGAGAGAAAGAGAGAGAGACCAUUGCCAUGCUCAGUUCUCAGGAAGAGAAUGGGUAGAUUAGAUACAUAUUAUUAUGUGUGGGUGAGAGACAGAGAGAGAGAAUUGGUAGAGAUACACAAUGAGAAUAGUAUUUUGUUUUGUGUGUGAGAGAGAAGCUGUAGUUGUGGAUUGCAAAUGGUCAGUUCUCACUCACAAAGAGGAGAAUAGGUAGAUCCUUGACAAAGGCCUUCAUCUAGUUGAUCUAGGUGUUUGAGGAGAGAGAUGGAGAGGAAUAAACAGGCGUGGGCCGUGUAGGUUUUAUAUGCCAUGCACAUUUCUCAAGAUGAGAAUGGGUAGAUACAUGUGUGUGUGAGAGAGAGGGAGCAGAGAGGCACAGAAAAUAGAGGAAUCAAGCCAUGACCAGUUCUCAGGAGGACUGGUAGAGAGGAGAGUGGAAGAUGGAAAGUUGAAGUGGGGAGAGAGGAAGAGAGGGAAAGUAGCAGAAAAGUUUGUUAAGAAUUAAUUUUUAGAGGUGUAAAGAAGCCUCAGAGCUACUAUGUUGCUCAGGACAGAGCUACGUUCACCUGUUGACCGACUGUUGUAGCUUCUUUUUGGUAAACUGGGUAGCCUGUAGCCUGUUUAAAUUGACGUAAUUUUUAAAAAGUAAGUAUGUGCAGUUUUUACAAUUUCACAGGAGAGCCAAAAAAACAAAACAACAACCCUGAAUGUUGAUACCAAGAAAACAAACUUUGCAAACAUCCCAUGUCAAUAUUUUUAGGGUUACAAUUUUUGACUUCCCCAUUAUCCUGGAUGUAAGUGUUGUUUUCUUGGUAACAGCAUUCAGGUUUUUGGCUCUCUUGUAAAAUUGUAAAAACUGCGUACAUGUACUAGUACUAUACUUUAAAAAAUGAUGGCAAUAUACAUCAUGUAGGGUGCGUCACAGAGUGUGUUUGUGUGUAUGUGCCCACACUUACAUCAUAAGAGAGAAUCAGAGGACCAAUGUCAAAGUGCGUUCAGACCCAGGAUCCACCUCCGUCCAUGCAUGUAUCAGAUGACUGGAGACGCCGUGUUUAUGCCUCUCUGUACUUUAUGCACUCAUUGAGGUCACACGACUGGUCUAUUUUUGUAAUUGCUCAGGAACUGACGAACUACUGUCAAAUUCUAUUAUUAUAUUAAGUGUUUUCGCAUCAAAAUUUGACCAGAAGUUUAAAUAUAUCAGAUUUAACCGGGUUUUUUUUUUAAUGUGUUCUAAGAAAUUAGCCUGGUUGAACUUGCCCCAAUACAUAGGACUUGAUGGCAGAAAUUUUACGGCCGCCAUAAAAAGCAAACUACACUGGCGGACAUCGACUUCCCUCACCUUCUUUUGAUUUUAGUAGUAAGACUUACAGCACUUGCAACAGAAUUAGGUCUUUCAAGUUCAAGGUUAGAGGUGUCACAAGAGGAGCAAUAAAAACAUGAAAAAAGGAGAAAUAAGGACAGUAGAUGUUUGAUAGGAAAGGACCAAACCAUACCAGAGUGCCUGCCAGCUUCAUUAUGCAGGGCCGUGGGGAUAGGAAAACAAUUUAUUUGUGUUGAGGUACUAGAAUUAAACUGGUCAUGGCAUGCAACAGGACACCAACAGACAUGGAUCUUUGGUCUGAAUGCACAGUUAUGUCUACAAGUUCUGCAUCCAUGUGUGUGUUUUUGUGUGAAGCAGAAAUGUGGGCAGUAGAGUAAGUGUACCACUACUGGCACAAAGAAAUGUAGGUUACAGGUACUCUUCCCGACUGCCAAGUCAACCUGUAUGAACGUACAUGAUGUAACAUAAUGGAAGUACUGUCUGAUGCGGUCACCAAGUAGGAAUGGAUAUUUUAACUUUUUUAUACCUUGAGAGUUGUUAUUGUUCUGCAGGUCAAACCAGGAAGAUUUCUGUAGAAUGGAAAACAUAGUUUUGUUUGCUUUGAGGUUGUUUUUUUAAGUCAAUAAAAAUUGCUGGUCAUUGCCAUAAAAAUAAAAUUGGUUUACAUGUCCCUUUCAAAAUUGUAUGUUUGUUUUAAGAGAUAGGGUCUUUUAAGUUUGUGUCCAGCUCCAAUACAACCGAGCCAUGUGGAUGGAGAGCCUUAUAAACAACCCAAGUUCAGAACAUCCCCAUUAGGGAUUUGAGCUAGGGCCAUCUGCUCCAUUGUCCAGCAGGAUAGUGACGCCGAGCUAAGGUGCACCAGGAACCCUGAGGCAUGUCAUUUUGAAUGAAUUUGUGUAUAAGAUGGUUGUUUGACUACCGGAACAGAGAUAUGUACUGUUGACAAACUGUUCAAAUGUACCAUGCCCCCCAAAAAAUUAAAUUUUUUUAGAGAAUAGA